UAUAACGUUCGUAAAUUACUUCUACAAAAGCGCUUUUACAAGUGACAUUAACAUGGAUUUGGAUAUUGGAUUUUUCCUUCUUAUGUUUUACUACGUAGCAGCGGCAAAAGAUAUACGUAUCAACGAUACAACCGUCCCAACUGUUCCUACAUUGACAAAUGCAACAGAAAUUAACGGACAAUACGUAUAUCCAUGCUAUGCAAGUGUUGUUGUGUAUAAGUCUCCUGAAUUAAAGGACACAUACUCCAAAGGCGCUACUGUUUAUGCCGUAACUCGAGAACGUUCGGACAAAAAUAUGAUUACUGGAUUCUCAUCGAGCAAAACUGAUAAUAAUGGACACGCGUGCGUUCUAACUCUUUGUCGUAAAGAAGCAAUUCUUUAUGUAGAGACCGGGAGUAAAUCAACCGGAAACCUCGAGCGUUUAUACGCUGCACCAAUCGACAAACAACCCAUACUUCCUCAAUAUGUAUUUGAAAUACAUACGCGUAUGGAGGAAAUAUACUUUAAUGUGCGCAGUUGGGGCACUAUAUUGGGGAAAAGCGGUCCGGUAUAUAACGAAUAUGAACUGGAUCAAUGUCUGAAUGCUGGUACAAAAAACUAUCACUUUUCGUAUUCAUUCCUAGCCCAAAAAGAAUCAUUAAUUACCGAUCUUCCACUUACGACAUAUGGGAAACAGUUAUCGUGGUAUGACGUACCUGAAAAUGCGCCAGGAAGCCAGGCUUGCUUCAUGAAAAUAAAAGUCAAGAUAUUGUCGUACCAGUCUGUGCUUCAGCUGAAUAGUUAUAACAAUGAUUGGUCAAAAAGAUAUGGAUCAUUUAUAGCUGGGCCUAAAGCGUCACCAUCGGGUGACAGCGAUGUUAAAGCAGCUUGCAUGGAGUUUCGCUGUACUGCAAAUGGGUUCGGAUCAACAAAACUUAAUGGAAGUAUUUCAUUUCCAAAAGAGUACUGUUGCAACAUUCA